AAAGACGUAGAUCACAUGAAAGACUUGAAGCAUUGGGUGCAAUAAAUAAAAAUAUCUCUCAUAAUAUUACUCUUGAUAGUUUUAAAAGUAAUGUUACCGGUAAUGGAAUCAUUAACGAUUCAAAUAAACAAACUAUUUGUGAAGAGGAUUAUGAUAGUGAUGACAAGAAUAGUGAAGAUGAUAUCGAAGAUUACUAA